AUGAUGAAUUUAAAUUUAUGUUUUUAUAAUUAUAUUCAUCGGUUUGCUUAUUUAAGCAUACGUCAAUCGAUUAUUAGCACUCGUUUUGUAUCAACAGCUUUACCUGACAGUUGGUAUAAACGUUUACCACCUAUUGACGAAAAAGAUAUUGAAGAAAAAGCUAUCAAAGGUUCAGGACCAGGUGGACAAGCAAUAAAUAAAACACACAAUUGUUGUCAAAUAAAACAUAUUCCAACAGGUAUUGUUGUUACAUGUCAACAGACUCGUUUUUUAGAAAAAAAUCGUUUACUUGCACGUCGUCAAUUACAAGAAAAACUUGAUGUUCUUCACAACGGUGAAGAAAGUCUUGUUGCACAAUAUAAAAGAGAAAAAAGUGAAAAAAAAGACGCAAAACGUUUAGAAACAAAGAAAACCUUAGGAAAAAAACGUACAUUUAAAUCUGAACAAGAUAUUUAUUUAAAUGAUGAUCAGUUGCCAGACAAAUCAGCAUCAAAUAAAUAUAUAUUACGUACUGGUCGUUAUCAUUGUCCUAUAGAAAACUGCACAUUUUAUUGUUGCUGUGAAAAGAAUUUUCUACAGUCAAAUUCAUUUUCAAGUUUUAAUGCAGUACGACUACAUUAUUUACGACAACAUGGUGAAAAAAAAGAACAAUGUUCAAAAUGUUGGAAAUCAUUUGGUCUUCAUCAGGAUUUUAUUGCCCAUGAAAAAAUUUGUGGUAUACUUUUUCCAUUUUCUUGUUCGAAUUGUGAUCAACAAUUUCAAAAUCGAACAAGUUUACGACGACAUCAGUUAAAAUAUCAUGUGAAUUUAAAUAAUGAUCCGCAAAAUAGUUCUCCCAUGACAAAUCUUUCUUCUUUACCCAAACCAGUUGAACGUCGAAAACGACCUAAUCGUUGUCGCCGUCCACUUCCAUCUGAUCAAAUCGAGCUUUCUCGUCAAAAUAUUCCUUCUACCUCUUGUCCACCCGUUAUUAUUAAUCCACUUGCUUUACAAUUAUUAGAAAAAUUAAAUUCUGAAUCAACAUCUAUUUGUUCUACCUCGGCAUUUGAAUUCGAUAGAAAUAAAGCUACUCAAACAAAUACAUCUGUUUCUAUUGGUACAGAAUGUUGUUCUUUUAAUUCGCCAAAUCCGAUAUCAAUAAAAACAACUGAACAAAAAUCAAGUCAAACAACAACUCGUAUAAGAAUGCCUAAAAAUCCAACACAAUAUUCUUUAGAAAAAUCGAAUUUUUCUAAUACACUACAAUGGAAAAACUCUCAUGUUAUAGAUAGAGAAACUCAAAUAUCAUCACCAUUACGUUCUGAUAUUUGUAUUCAAACUGUUGGUGAUGUUUCAAAUCUUCUUGAUUAUUCAUCUGACUUAUCAGAUAAUAAUCAUAAUGCUAUUGUUCAAACAUUACCUAUUUCAAUGACAUCAACACAAAUGCAAACAAUGAAUGAAUAUCCAUUAGAACAAAUGACAAAUCAAUUUAAUAAUUAUUUAUUACCACCAGAUCAAGAAUCUGUUGGUACAUCUUGUUUUUUUGAUGAUUUUUUACUUGAUGAUUUCUCAACAAAUCAUUCUAAUAAUUUAACAUCAUCGGUUUUACUUGAUUUCGAUGCUAUUGAUUUACUUGACUUAAUUGAUAAUGGAACACAAACAUAUUCAUCUAUAGCAACACAUGAAACACAAACUAUAAAAGAUUGGGAUAAUAUAUUGUUAUCGGAAGAUGAAUGGGUUCAAACUAUUAUGAAUAGUUAA